CCUACGUUUGCAAAAUAUGAGUGAGGGAGAAAGGGGGGCAGCACGAAAGAGAGAGAAAUGAAAAGUAAAUCAUGAAGAAAAGGGGAAGGAGAAAUGUUGAGGUAGUUUAUUUGUGAGGAGAUUUGAUCGGAUCAUGAUGUUAAGAUUAAGUCUCCUGCUUCUCCUGCUCUCCCGCUCGGCCUACUCAACGCUGCUGGGGUGGGUAGAGUCUCCAGGGUAUCCCACUGGAUACUUGCCCCAUGCCAGUCUAAACUGGAGCAGGUGUGCCCCCAAAGGUCACACCCUCUCCAUCAAGCUCAUCCACCUGGACCUGGAGGACAGCCAUGACUGUGAAAACGACGCAGUGAAGGUCUUUUCAAAUGGAAACCUAAUCGCAGUUCUGUGUGGCAAAAGGGAAUUUGAGGAGCUUGAGUCCUCUGUUAAUCCCUUACUCCACUCCACAUCGGGCGGCUGCCUCACUCUUACGUUCCACUCCGACUACUCAAACAUCAAGAGGCACACUGGCUUCAGAGGCUUCUACACCGAUCAAGACUUUGACGAAUGUGAGCAUGACGACCCUGACAACAAAUGCACCCAGUUCUGCCACAACUACAUUGGAGGGUACCACUGCUCCUGUCGCCAUGGUUACUACCUGGACGCGGACAAACACACUUGCACGGUGAGUUGUACCCAGGAUCUGUCUGGGCUGAGGGAAGGGGACAUAUCCACUCCCUCUUGGCCUAGCUCAUAUGCAGAGAAUGCCAACUGUCAGUACACACUGUCUGUGGAGGACACCCUGCAGCUGGAGCUACACUUCUCUCAAGAUUUCGAUGUGGAGCAAAGCGAUGGCCAAUGCAUAGACGCACUGAGGAUUGAGACCCCUUCUGGGACUCUGGGGCCAUUCUGUGGUAAAACGCCUCCCCCCUCUCCCGUCCUCACUUACUCACAUCAUGUCCAAAUACACUUCACCUCUGAUGGCUAUGGCACCAACAAAGGUUUCACUCUCCACUUCAAGACCACAGAAAAGGUCUGUCAGGCGGUGGUGACCCCACACUCCACCCUGACUCCUCAGAAACCAGAAUAUUCUCCUGGCGAAACAGGGACAGUAACUUGUGAACUUGGCUAUGUUGCGAAUACUCAAGGCACCCAGACGCUGAUAUCAGAAUACACGACCACAUGCCAGAUUACAGGAGUUUGGACUCCCACUUACGUCUGUGAACCUGUGGAUUGUGGCUUCCCUGAUAUCCCAGAAGAUGGCAUCCUUGAGUUGGUGGACUCAGAUGACCGGCAAACUCUGUAUAAAGACCAGAUCCACUUUAACUGCAGUUCAAAGUACUACACACUGGAAGGAGAUGACACGUACACUUGCAGUGCCAGUGGUGAAUGGGUAUCAGAUGGUGGUAAGAAGGAGAUGCCAAAAUGCAUUGAAGUGUGUGGGAAGCCUGAAAAACUCUCUACAAGUGUAGGCAGAAUUAUGGGAGGUAAGGACGCAAAGAUGGGACAGAUACCAUGGCAGCUUUUGAUCAAAGAGCCGAGCAGAGGAGGGGCAUCACUGAUCAAUGACCGAUGGGCUGUCACAGCAGCUCAUGUGGUUGAAAAUAUACAGGACACUGCUUUGCGCCUGUAUGGUGGACUGAUAGAUGGAAAAAAUGCAGAUCAGUCACCUAGUGUUGUCAUGGACAGUGAGAAGAUCAUUAUUCAUCCUGGCUACAUUAAGGGCGCAGAAGAACCCACCAAUUUCGACAAUGAUAUCGCUCUUAUCAGAUUAGCUUCCAGGGUGGAUUUGGGCCCAAACCUCCUUCCCAUUUGUCUGCCAGAGCCAAACAGGGGCUUAGUGGAAGAUGAACAAGGCACAGUGUCAGGCUGGGGGACAAUGGGUCGCAGGGCUGCGUCUUCCACAUUAAAGUACGCUCAGGUUGGGGUCAAAUCCCUUACAGAGUGUCAGAAUACACCUUUCACACCUAAAACUAACAAACGCAUGAUUUUCACCAAUAACAUGUUCUGUGCUGGAGGAGAAGGAACGGACAGCUGCGAGAAAGACAGCGGAGGUCCGUUUGUUACGCCUAUGUUGGCUGAAGGCGUAGAUCGUUAUUAUCUCACUGGCAUUGUGUCCUGGGGAGCCCCCUGUCGGGAGAAGCAGUACAAGGGUUAUUAUACCAAGGUGGAGAAUUAUGUGGACUGGAUUAAAAACACAAUCAAUACAAUAGAAACAUUUGCUAAACACAGGAAAGACUUUGUGACUUUAAUGUUUCACCUGAAUGUGAGACAUUUGCUCCUACAGCAGCAGCUCUGUUCACUCAUGGAUACAGCAUUUAAUCCAAAGAUGGGGUGGACUCACUGUAUCGUCUUGUUUCUGUAUGUGUCAGUGUGUGUGAGCUGGCGGCUGCCUGAACCUGAGCCUGUUAUGCAUGGGGCAGUCCAGUCCCCCAAUUAUCCCCAGCCUUACUCUCCCAACCUGCAGGAGCAGUGGGACCUCAGUGUGCCAGAGGGCUACCAGAUCCGGCUCACCUUCACACACCUGGACAUCGAAGCGUCUGCAGGCUGCUAUUACGACUCCCUCACAGUUCUCUAUGAUGCAAAGAUCCUGGGGAAGUUUUGUGGCCAUGAGAACUCGGCUGAUGGGCAUCACCCAGGCACCCAGCCCAUCUUGUCUCCAGGCAACACGCUCACCCUCAUAUUUCAGUCAGACGACAACAACCCAGAGCGCCACCAGAAUGUGGGCUUCUCUGCUCAGUACCAGGCAAUAGACAGAGAUGAGUGCUCUGAGCCAGAACCUGACGAUGGCUCAGGUCCACUCUGCUCUCAGAUCUGCCUCAACACCCUUGGCUCGUACAUCUGCUCUUGUCACCACGGCUAUGAGCUUCGCCCAGACCAGACCAGCUGCGUGUUAUCCUGCGGCGGUGGUAUAUUUGAUGAGCCAGAGGGAUAUCUGUUCAGUCCAGGAUACCCAAACCCCCCACCUCAUGCUGUGUCCUGUCAGUACAUCAUUUCUGUAGAAGCUGGCUUCACUGUCUCUCUCAACUUCACUGACAACUUCCACAUUGAGAGCGUGGACACCGAGCAAGGCCCAAACUGUCUCCAUCACUGGUUAGAGGUGACCAUCCCAGAGAGAGAGCCCAUCAAGCUGUGUGGUGGGAAGAGUCCAGGUCUGAUAGCUACAAACUCCAGCACGGUCACACUGGACUACCAUACUGAUGAUGAAGGCCAGAGUCGCGGCUGGAGCCUUGACUAUAGCACAAACAGAGUGAAGUGUCCUAUUCCUGGUGAUGUAGCUAUGGGCAGGGUCACUCCCAUAUUGACUGAGUAUUUCUACAGAGACUACAUCUUUGUGCGCUGUGACCAAGGAUACAAGCUGAUGAUGGAUGGUGAGGAGAUUACCAGUUUCUCUACCAUGUGCCAAAACAAUGGACAGUGGCACCUCCCUCUACCAGAAUGCCACAUAAUUGAUUGUGGAGAACCUGAACCUCUGCUGAAUGGAGGAUGGGCCUUCCUGUCUGGCUUUGACAAUCAGUACCUUUCUGUUGUUCAGUAUUACUGUAAUGGACCCUUUUACACUCUACUUGGUGGCAUUAAUGUUAUGUUCACCUGUGAGGCUGACAGAAAGUGGAGAUCCAACAACGAUAUUGUUAUCAGUCCAAUAUGCAUACCAGUCUGUGGCCAGCCCACAAAACUCCUCACUGGCUAUCAAAGGAUUAUUGGAGGGAGUGAAGCUCCAGAAAACACCAUCCCCUGGCAAGUGAUGCUGAGUGUUGAUGGAGGAAGAGGAGGAGGCAUGGUGAUUGCAGACCGCUGGAUUAUGACUGCAGCUCAUAAUUUAGUUCAUGAUGGAAAUCCAGUUUCAAAAGACACUGUACGGAUUUACAUGGGACUUACUGAUGUUAAAUCCCUGUUGGGCUCUCCUGUGUAUGCUGCUUCAGUCCACAUUCACCCUGAAUACAACAACCCCAACUUGUUAGACUACAACAAUGACAUUGCCUUGAUCAAACUUCAAGACCGGAUCACAUUCAACUCAUCCAUUAUGCCAGUAUGUUUGCCAGCAGAGGGUGCCACAUACAUGACUGGAGAGAUGGGACUGGUGUCAGGCUUUGGCAUUACAGAAACUGACACCAGACGGAUUUUAACAAAUAAGCUGAAAUACGUGCAGGUCCCUGUGGUGGAGCAGGCCACAUGCAGUAAUUCAGUUGCUUUGUUGAAGAGGAAUCGGGACAAUGUACCAGAUCUGACAAAUAACAUGUUCUGUGCUGGAGUCCCUGAAGGUAAGAAGGACUCCUGCCAGGGUGACAGUGGAGGCCCCUUCGCCCUGAGACAUGACGGUCGGUUCUGGGCUGCUGGGAUCGUCAGCUGGGGGGUUGACUGCGGAAAGCAAGGAACAUAUGGAGUCUACACCAGAGUCGCUAACUAUGUAGGCUGGAUCAACACGACUAUGCAGGAGAAUUAAAAUUUACAGUAAUUCAUUACAAUAUGAUGUGAAGAUGUUGAAGAAACAAAACAUCUACAUCAAAAUAAAAAGGGAACACACUUUUCCCUAAAUAUACUCUUUCUGCAUAUUGUGUCUACUAUGAAUUAAGGUAAUGUUCCAAUGUACGGUAAAAUGAUCAAGUGCAAUCAUGAUUAGAACCAUUUAAAAAUCUCUCUAAAAUUAUGAAAUAAAUGUAAUACUGUUAUAAAGUCACUGCAAAUUUCCUAAAAGUGUAUUUUUGAAUAAAGUGACAUCAUACAUACUCAAA